CUCUCACUCUCUCACUCCAAUCAAACAAUCUAUCAAACCUCCAAAAACCCAACCCUCUUCAACUCAAACCACCAACCACCAUGCGUUUCUUCGCCAUCCUCGCUGCUGCCACUCUGGCCACCGCCACCGCUGCCGUCGGUGGUCCCUCCGCCCGCAACCUUGAGGUCCGCGCUGCUGAGGGCGACAAGCCCCGUUACUCCGUCCCCGAUGACUGGACCAUCGAGCAGGGUUCUGCCAAGUGUGGUAACCAGGCUCAGCUCUCCUGCUGCAACAAGGCCACCUACGCCGGCGACACCACCACCAUCGACGACGGUGCUCUGGCUGGUCUCCUCGGCAACAUUGCCGGUACUGGCUCUGGCUCUGAGGGUGUUGGUCUCUUCGACCAGUGCUCCAAGCUCGACCUCCAGAUCCCCAUCAUCGGCAUCUCCGCUCAGGACAUCCUCAACCAGCAGUGCAAGCAGAACAUCGCCUGCUGCCAAUACAGCGGUGCCGAUGCUUCCGACGACCUUCUCGGUGUCGCUCUUCCCUGCGUUGCUCUCGGUUCCAUCAUCUAAGCGAGUCUCUGGAUGGUUGGAUGCAAGGAUGGGCGAAAUUGCUCUUUUCUUCUUCUGUUCUUUUUGGCAAGAGUAGACCCAUUUCCGGACUUUCUUCGUUUCACUAGACUGCCUUUUUUUAAAAAGUGUUUCUUAGUCUACCUAAUCACACCUUAAU